AUGAACCAGAGCAACCCCGAAUUCCAGAAGAGAUCAGUGGUAUCCUCUUUCGUCUCAGAUGCAGGAGAAACCAAAGUUGCUCUAUUUCGGCGAAGCGAGAAAGUCAACACAUAUCAGCACCACCUCGCUCCCAUCUCAGGCAGUAUAGAGAGCCACGAAACACCGGCAGCAGCGGCAUGGCGCGAAUUGAAAGAGGAGACUACUCUCACCCCACGAGAUGUUGAUCUUUGGCGGAAAGGAAAGCCAUACACCUUCUGUGAUCCUUCCAUCGGCCGGCAAUGGACCGUCUUUCCGUUCUUAUUCCGACUCAAAGAUGGCGGUGAAGGUGGUCGCGGGGAGAGUGGUAUUCAAAUCGACUGGGAGCAUGAAAGCUGGGAGUGGUAUAGCCCCGAUACAAUCCAAGACGAUGAGAAAUUCGGCGGCGUACCACGUUUGAAGGAAAGCCUGCGACGAGUGUGUUUUGAAAGCGAUAUGAACGAGGGUGCCAGCAAGGCACUCAUAUCAGGCCUGAGGCUACUGAAGGCAGACCACCAGAGUGGAUCGCACGAGCUGACCUCGGUUGCGCUGAGGGCCUUCCACGAUGUCAUUGCGCAGAUGAACAAGGAUAUUGAUGAGAAGUGGUGGGAAACUGCUCGCAUGGCUGCAUGGCAUCUGUGGAAAAAUGGACGAGAAAGCAUGGGCGCAGCCACCUUGAAUGCAUUCCUAGGGUUGCUCGCCGACAUGGAAGAGAUCGUUCACGAGACUCUGGACCGCAAUGUCAAAUCGGAACGCUUAUUGGCUUUGCUGGACCACCAUUUGGACAAGCGCAAAGACAUGCCCAAGCGUAUUAAACAUUCCUUUGGGGCCUACCUUGAAUGCAACUUCCUGCCUACAGCACAAUCACAGCCUACGCCCUCUCUUGUUAUCCUCACCCUCUCGGCUAGCUCUACUAUCCGAGAUAGCAUCCUAGAGGCCUUCGCGUCCCUUCCAAUUCCUAACCUGGACCUUAGGAUACUAGAAUCUCGUCCGCUUUGUGAAGGAGUCAAUAUGGCAUCUUCCAUUCUCUCUGCCUUUCAGUCAAGAUUUCCCUCGUCUUCCAAUCGACACCUGGAACUAACUGUGUACACCGAUGCAUCUGCCGCCCUUGCCAGCAAGGAAGUGGAUUUCGUCCUACUCGGGGCAGACCGGAUCUCGGAUUCCGGCUCGGUAAGCAAUAAAACAGGAUCUUUGCCAGCUGUUCUGAGUGCCAGGCAUGUUUGUCCUGCUGCCAAAGUCUUGGUUCUGAGUGAGCUGGAGAAGGUAGCCGAGCCUGGCGCCGAGAGCAGUCAUAGCCACGAAGAGAAUGAUCCUAAAGAGCUGGUGGGUUGCUGGCUGCAGAGCGGCAUUAAAGGGGUUAAAAUGCUUGCUGAGGACAAUGACGCUGAUUGGGACAACACCAAUUAUGCGGUCGAAGUUAAGAAUAUAUACUUCGAAUGGGUUCCAGCUGAACUCAUAGAUGCCUACAUCUGUGAGGAGGGGACUUUGGACGCCAGUGCUAUUCAAGAGAAGGCCCAGCAGGUAAAGCAGAAGGCCGACAGAUACUUCGGUCAACUCUAG